UUAUUGUCGUGCGUAUGACUUGAGUUGUAUGUUGGGAAUAAAACUCGAUCAACGAGCGUUUCCUAGUCACAGUUUACCGGUUGCCUUCUGACCGAUCAAUCGAUCGCUAUAAUCAAUCAAUCAUGUUCAAAUUUGUGUGUUUAUUUGCCCUGGUGGCAACAUCUGCGGCUGCCACCCACUCAGCCUCUGAGGCCGAUAGUUUGCUGACAAGUGCAUUAAAAAUGGUUAAAGAAUGUGGUGAUCGUUCAGUGGUGUUGUGCCUUAAGGAACGUGCCCUCCAUUAUUUCGAUACAGAAAAUGGUGAUGUAAAACUAACUGAAGGCAUUUCACUGGUGAAAACCGAUGACAUUCCUGUGGGAAGAUCUUUGAAUGAAAUUACAUUACCCGAAGAAAAUGAAGCUCGCGAAAAUGAGGUCGACACCUUGUUGGUUGAACGCAUUGCACGCUUCUUUGGCACACAUACUCUGCAAUUCAAGGUUCCCAAAGACUCAAUUCAGGAUAUGCAACGUGCAUUGGAAGAAUCCCGUGGCAAGAAGAAGGAAAAGAAGAAGUAUUUGAUGCCAUUGUUGUUGCUCUUCAAAUUGAAAAUGGCCGCAUUAUUGCCCCUGGCAAUUGGUUUCUUGGCUUUGUUGUCAUUCAAGGCUUUGGUCAUUGGUAAAAUCGCAUUGAUUUUGUCCUCCAUCAUUGGUCUGAAGAAGCUGUUGGAGAAAAAGGAAAACUAUGAAGUCGUCUCGCAUCCCCACUAUGAUGAACACAGUUAUGGACGUGCGUUACGUGAUGCCCAGAAUUUAGCCUACAGUGCUUACAAGAAAUAAACGACGUUGACAGCUUAGCAGGCGACGGCAUAGUACAAUGAUGGGCUAGCAAGAAAAACAAGAUUGGAAUUCUGGGAAAAUAUAAUUUUUUAAUAUUUUCCUCGGUAUUCUCCAUGGUAUAUUUAUUACUUUUUUUUUAAUAUUUAAUGUCUAAGAGCCUCUGGGAGUGCAAUACAUCCUGAUAAUUUAUUUAUUUAUUAAAGCGUUUAUUUUUUGUAUUUAUUUAUUGAUUUAAUUUAAUAAUUUAUUAUUGA